AUGCCGUCGAUUCAGUCCGUCGAAGCCGACUUGUCUGCCGCCGAGAAUGAUAGCUCCAAAGUUCUUGGUCUGACAUUCGGCGAGCAACGCAUCACGACACCUGGGCAAUAUCUUCCUAGAGCUGAUGCACAGAAAGAGCCCCAGAUUUCCUUCAACGUAUCAUCUGGCACCUAUAUUGUCAUCAGUCUGGACCUCGAUGCUCCAUUUCCAUCAUUCGGCUUCUUAGGACCCAUCCUACACUGGAUCCAUCCGGGAUUUGAGCCAUCGAAGAAUACCACCGUCACCGGCGAGGCCAUCCUGACAACAUCAGCCCCUUUCAUUGCGAACUAUAUCGGCCCUGCGCCUCCACCGGGAAGCUCGCCGCACAGGUAUGUUUUCUUGCUGUACGAGCAGCCAGACGGUUUCGAUGCCAAGAGGUACGCUCCAAAGGGUGGAAAGCCCGUUGGUAACUGGCAGAGGAUAAGAUCACCUGUGCGUCUUCAGUCUCAGAACUUCUUGUAUCAACGAUGCGCGUCGACGGCCGCUCUCCGUUCACCCAUUGCCGGCCCGGCUUAUCAGUCGGUUUUCAACAGACACAAUUUGCAACGACGGAAUGCCUCCGCUGCUUCUGCUGCCGCCGUUCUCGAGGCCGCUGCUUCCAAUCCCGAGGGUCUGUCUCAGGAGGCAAUCAUUGACAACCUUGACCCUGCUGAAGCGACCAGACUGUCCAGACUCCGGAACAUUGGCAUUGCCGCACACAUUGACAGCGGAAAAACCACGUGUACCGAACGAGUCCUCUUCUACACUGGUCGUAUCGGUGCCAUUCACGAAGUCCGCGGUCGUGACAAUGUUGGUGCCAAGAUGGACUCGAUGGAUCUCGAGCGUGAAAAGGGUAUCACUAUUCAGUCCGCAGCGACGUUCUGUGACUGGGUAAAGAAGGGAGACGAUGGAAAAGAGGAGAAAUACCACAUCAACCUGAUUGACACACCAGGACACAUCGACUUCACUAUCGAAGUAGAGAGAGCGCUGCGCGUUCUUGAUGGGGCUGUCAUGAUCCUGUGUGCUGUAUCAGGUGUCCAGUCCCAGACUAUCACGGUCGACCGCCAGAUGCGCCGCUACAACGUUCCUCGAAUUUCCUUUAUCAACAAAAUGGACCGUAUGGGUGCCAACCCUUUCAAGGCUAUUGAACAGAUUAACACCAAGCUCAAGAUUCCUGCUGCUGCCGUUCAGGUGCCGAUUGGUGCCGAAGACGAGUUCGAAGGUGUGGUCGACCUGAUUCGGAUGAAGUCCAUUUACAAUGAAGGACCGAGCGGUGAGAAUAUCAUGAUCAAGGAUGAGAUUCCUGAGAAGGUCAAGUCAGUUGUGGAGGAAAGAAGAAGGAUGCUCAUUGAGACGCUUGCCGAUGUCGACGACGAGAUUGCUGAGCUCUUCCUGGAGGAGACUGAGCCUACGGAGCAGCAGCUCAAGGCCGCCAUCCGACGAGCAACCAUUGGCUUGAAGUUCACUCCCGUCUUCAUGGGUUCUGCACUGGCCAACAAAUCUGUGCAGCCUAUGCUUGAUGGUGUCAUCGACUACCUCCCUAACCCAUCCGAAGUCGAAAACCUCGCUCUUGACCAGAAGCGCGACGAGGCUUCGGUCAAGCUUGUCCCCUACAACUCCCAGCCUUUUGUUGGUCUUGCUUUCAAGCUGGAAGAAAGCAAUUUUGGGCAGUUGACCUACAUCCGCGUGUACCAGGGUACCCUCCGCAAGAGUUCCAACGUCUUCAAUGCUCGCAACAACAAGAAGGUGAAGGUUCCUCGCAUUGUUCGCAUGCACUCCAAUGAGAUGGAGGAGGUUUCCGAGAUUGGAGCCGGUGAGAUCUGCGCCGUGUUCGGUGUGGAUUGCGCCUCUGGAGACACUUUCACCGAUGGGCAGCUCGGUUACACCAUGACGUCCAUGUUUGUUCCCGAACCUGUCAUCUCGCUUUCUAUCAAGCCGAAGAACAACAAGGACGCCGCCAACUUCUCAAAAGCUAUGGCUCGUUUCCAGAGGGAGGAUCCCACCUUCCGGGUAUCGUACAAUGCGGAGAGCGAGGAGACUCUGAUUUCUGGCAUGGGUGAAUUGCAUCUUGACAUCUACAUCGAGCGCAUGCGUCGCGAAUACCGCGUCGACUGUGAGACUGGCCCGCCUCAGGUCGCGUACCGCGAGACCAUCGGCAACCGAGUCGAGUUCGACCACUUGCUCAAGAAACAAUCGGGCGGUCCUGGUGAAUAUGCCCGCGUCGUCGGCUGGAUGGAGCCCACCGGCAAACUUGAGGAGAACAAAUUCGAGGAACAGAUUGUUGGUGGAAGUAUCUCCGAGAAGUUCCUUUUUGCCUGUGAGAAGGGUUUCAACCUUGCUUGCGAAAAGGGUCCGCUCAUUGGGCACAAGGUGCUUGGUACUAGGAUGGUGAUCAACGAUGGUGCUACCCACAUGACGGAUUCGUCCGAAAUGUCAUUCAAGAACGCUACCCAGCAGGCUUUCCGCAAGGCCUUUAUGGAUAGCAAUCCUUCUGUCCUCGAGCCCAUGAUGAAGAUCGUUGUCACCGCUCCCGCCGAGUUCCAAGGUGACGUUAUCUCUCUUCUCAACAAGCGUAAUGCUACGAUCAAUGAUACCGAGACUGGUGUCGACGAGUUCACCGUGUAUGCAGACUGCAGCUUGAACGGAAUGUUUGGCUUCAGCACGCAUCUGCGUGCUGCCACCCAGGGCAAGGGUGAAUUUACCAUGGAGUUUAGCCACUACGAGAAGGCUCAACCUCAAUUACAGAAGGAACUCGUCCAGAAGUACCUGAAGGCUCAGGCCGACAGGCACAAGAAAUAA